AUGAUAAGAGUUUUCAGAUUUAUAAAAUAAAACUUUAGCUUUUAAUAAAAUAAAGCUUUAUGGAGAGCUAAAAGCAGACUAUGUGCUGAUAGAUAUGAUUUUUCUUCUAACUAAUUUUUGAAUAAGAGAUUUUAUUCAAAACAUACAGAUAACUAGAAUAACAAUGGAUAAAAGAUUAUUAUGACAAGUGAUUUUGUUUUUGAGAAAAUAUUUUCUAAUCAUGAAAGAAUGAAAUCUUUUUUGGAAAGUGUUUUAGUUGGAAAAAAUAAAAUUUUACAUGAAGAAAUUAAUGAGGUUAUUUACCUAAAUAAUAACCUUUUAUAAAAUUCUUUAACUUAGGAGUACAUACCAAAAAAAUCCAUGUUUGAUCUUCAAAUAAAAACCUCAUAGGGAACGUUUAUUGUUGAAAUCUAUAAAAGAUCUUUUUAGCCUUUUUUAAAAAGAAUAUAGUAUUAUAGUGCUUAAUCACUUUCAUAAUAAUAAAAUUAAACACAUACUAGCUUAAAACCGAUAAUAUCUAUUGCAAUUGUAGAUGAUAUAUUAUUCGAAGAUGAUGUUCCCUGUAUAAGUUUCCACAAGACUAUAGAAUAAAAAACACAAAAAGUGUUUCUUAAUUAUUCUACAUAUGUUUUUAUAGAAUUGGGAAAAUAUGACAACAAAAAAUAUGACUAAUCUUGUGUACAUGGAGUGAACGAGAAAGAGUGGCUAGAUCUUUUGAAAAAAAGUGAUAUACAUCGCUAAUAUAAAACUAAGGAAGUUUUGAAUGCUGCAUAAUAUGCUUAAUUUAUUUAAGAAAAAUUAUUUGACGAGUACGUAAAACACAAAUUGUAUGAAGACUAAUUUAUAGAAGAAAUCAAAAAUGCAAAAGUAGAAGGCAUAUAAUAAGGCCAAGAAGAAACAAUAAAAUUAAGCAAACAUUAUAGCAUAAAAGCAGGAAAAGAAGAGGUAGUCAAAUAAAUGUUAAAAGAUGGCUUGUCUUUAUAAAAAAUCAUUACUUAUACUGGAUUAUCAAAAGAAGAAAUAGAUGAAAUUAAAUGA